GGUGCUGUCUGUCAUGUCAUUCGUGAGUUUUGUUCGAUUGGCCGUCAUUGGGUUUUACGACGAAUUUUGUCCUUUUGUGAUGAACUAGAACAUUCGCAAUAAAUUGAUUUUUUAUUUUCACAAACUCAACACCGCAAACAUGUAUUAAAUUGUGAAAAUUCUAAAGUAAAUGUGAUUGGAUCAAUCGCCCUGAAUAGCAGUUGAAGAUAUCCCACUGUAAUCACGUCGUAUGCACUAAAUAACAUUGGCCUCAAGAACUGUGAUGGAAACUAACUUCACCGCGACCUCUAGGCGGAAAGAAUCAGCUGAGGAAGGCUACAAAUGAUAUAUACAGACACGAAACUUUUGUGAAUCACUACGAAGAGGUAAGCUGAUCGUCGACAGACGGGUUUUAUGUGCGCGUGACGGUGACAUGAGCACAACCAACAAGCGGCGCGGAGCUAGCAGUUCCAGUUGUUCUGUCCCUGGGGUGCCUGCACUGGUGAACGCGCCAACCGCCAUGUCUGCCGACCUUGCGUCGCUAUUCGAGUGUCCUGUGUGUUUCGACUAUGUGUUGCCGCCGAUCCUGCAGUGCCAGAGUGGGCACCUGGUGUGCUCCAGCUGCCGUCCCAAGUUGUCCUGCUGCCCGACUUGCCGCGGCCCCCUCGGCAACAUACGUAACCUUGCUAUGGAGAAAGUGGCCAGCAAUGUUAUGUUUCCAUGUAAACACUCCAACACCGGCUGUACUGUCACCCUGGUGCACACUGAGAAGGCGGAGCAUGAAGAAGCCUGUGAGUUCAGGCCAUAUUCAUGCCCCUGUCCUGGUGCAUCAUGCAAGUGGCAAGGAGGCCUAGACCAAGUUAUGCCACACCUUAUGAUGUCUCACAAAAGUAUUACUACACUUCAGGGAGAAGACAUUGUGUUCCUGGCCACUGACAUCAACCUCCCUGGAGCAGUAGACUGGGUAAUGAUGCAGUCAUGUUUCAAUCAUCAUUUUAUGUUAGUCCUUGAAAAACAAGAGAAGUUUGAUGGACAUCAACAAUUCUUUGCCAUUGUGCAACUCAUAGGAUCUCGGAAGGAAGCAGAAAACUUUGCUUACAGAUUAGAGCUCAAUGGGCAUCGUAGACGACUCACUUGGGAAGCCAUGCCGCGCUCCAUCCAUGAAGGAGUGUCAUCUGCUAUUAUGAAUUCGGAUUGUCUGGUAUUUGACACAUCUCUUGCACAAUUGUUUGCGGAUAGUGGAAACCUCGGAAUAAAUGUCACAAUAUCCAUUGCCUAAUCAUUACCACACUUAUUAUUUAUAGCACAGUAACCUGAGUGACUUUCAUUGGCUGUUAACAAUAAUGUAAUUAUGUUUCCAAGUCAAUGGAAUUUAAACUUUUAACCACAAAAUAUAAUAGUUAUUAAAUAUAAUUAUACUAAAGAACAUAUACAUAUGCAAUUGAAAUAAAACCAUAUUUUUGUUACAGUUUGUGGUGUUUGAGAUGUAAUUUUGACUUGACAUGUUUUGUAUUGAAUUUAUGAAAUAAUCAACAUCAAAGUAAGCCAAAAAUAAUGUUUUUUUAUUCUCAUUACUUUGUAAAUGUGUGUUCAACUUUAGAGUUAAGUAGUGGAAAGUUUAAAUUCUCAGAGUGAAUGAUAAAAUAUUCACUUUAGAAUUGCCUUGUCGAGAUAGUUUGUAUAAGAAUUGUGACCUCUCACAUGAGAAAAGUGAUUAUUUUAUUCCAAACAUUGAACAAAUUUGUACUAACAUUAAUUAAUAAUCAUUUGUAUAUAUUAUGAGCAUAGACAUUUAUGUUGCGAAUGAGUGAUACUGCUUUGUGGAAAGGCUUCACCAGAUAUAAAGGUCACAACAAGUUGACUUACACCCAAGGCACUUAUCAGAUUUCCAGUGUUAUCAUUCAUUCUGGCAGAUAACAAAGAUAUUCACAUGAAGUUGUUAACUAGGUCUGCAGUAUGUUGUUGCGUUUGCGCAAGCUAUAUUACACAGUGCUAGUGCUAACUAGCUUUUUGAAGCCAACUUAGCAAAUAUGUACAAAUAUAUUACAACAAUAUGUCUAGUGAACUGUUAAUAUGACCUUUAGAAUGUGCACAGUAGUGUGGUACAUUAUGCAUAUUAAAUUAAAACAUUGUACAAGUCUGAGAUGUCAAAUAACAAGCAAUGUGUUUGAAACAUUAAAAAUGUUCAAUUAUUUUUCUGCCGGUACCUGACUGCCAAUCUUAUGAAGUAUAUUUAUACAAUAUAUUUAGUGCACUUGGGGUUGCAAUGUUUCAUUAUCUGUCGAGACAAUCAUCACACCAUUUGAUUUUAUUCUAAGUUGUGUUUAGGAUUGUAUUUUAGUAAACUUAUACCAGUACUUACAGUGGUGAGCAAAGGAAUAGCAUUCGUGGCGCGUAUUUUUAUUCAAAGUAUCUGUUUGAAUAGAUCCUGGAAUAAGUCAAAUCGCAAUUUUCUUAAGUAGUUCACCACAUUGUCACUGUACAACUAAAAAGGACAAUGCAGACAUUUUGGACAUUACUAAUGUUCAAAAGUAAUGUAACUAAUAUUGAUAUAUUUCUAUUUUUACCUUAAUGUUACGUACAUACAAAUACGUUCGAAUCCCAACAUUAUAAUUUAUAUGCCAGAGUGUGUCGACAGCAAGUAUGAAGGAGUAAGAACUUAUUCAAGGGUCUAAUUUAAGAUAUACAAUUUUAUUUUAACCUAACAAAGGCCAUGUUUGUAUUUGUAAAAGGUUGUCAUUCAGGAUGUUUUACCGAAUAUGGAGUACAUUCCAAAACUAUGCUAUGGAAUAAUCUUGCCACUUGCUAGGUGUCACCCAGCUACUUGUGCAAUUUCAUUGCUCUCCAAUGUAUGUAGAGUUGUCUUAAGUUUGUUUUCUGAGAACAAUAGCUCAAGAUUACCAGAAAUGUAUUGUUUUCUACAUCGUGACUGUUAUAAUUAAUGAAUAUUUUAGGUAUCUUGUAAUUCGUUAGUGUUAGCUUCAUUUAUUUAUACCAACCGUUACUUAAUUGUGUAGUUUUAAUUGCCUCAUCUUGUAUCACUUCGCGAGUGUUACGGUGAGCAUAAAACCGUAACGUUUUUAUUAUUUAAAUUCAAUCUCUUCUAUAUCUAAGAAUAAGCUGAUUAAAGUUUUAUGAAAAAUUCUAGUUGAAAUAAAUUUUGUAAUGUA